UCAAAGAAACCAACUGAGCGCUGAACCGCUGACCGUUGUGGUGGUGGUGAGAUAGGUCGAUCGAGCUGUGAGAUGGCUGCCGGCGGUGUGGGCAAGGUGGGGGAGUGGAUACGCAGCCGGAUGGUGCCGAGGAAGAAGAGGGCCAAGGCGAGCGGCCGGAGCGAAGGCGGGGAGGCCGAGGCCGAGGCCCCGCCGCCGCCGCCGCCGCAGCGGAAGCUCCGGGCGCGGGCGUUCCCGGCGGCGCUGCGGUGGCGGCCGAGGGCGCGCGUGCUGGCGAAGCUGUACGAGAAGGUGGUGUACCACCUGCUCUGGCUGGUGGAGUCCAUCGUCGUCGUGGCGAGGCUCUGCUUCUUCGUCAUGCGCUUCGGCAUCAAGCAGCUCUGA